GGGGCCGCGGGGAGCGUGCGCCGGGUCCUCGGGUGGUUCAGUGGAGCCGGCCAGCCCCAGCGUGAGCGUUCCGAGCGUGGCCCCGCACUCGGCCAUCCUAGGCUCGUGCCUGAGACCUCUGGAGGAGCGUAUGAGCCGAGACUGGCGUUUCCAUCUACGUAGCGAGCCCCCAGUCCGAUUUCCUAGAUACGCACAGCGCAGCGUGUCUGCCGUGGCAUUCGGCUCAAGUGUUUCUAGCCUCAUGCAUCACUGGGCUUUCCUCCGUGCAUUGAGUUCCUGGAUUUACAGUUCGCUACGCUGUCUGCUAGGCUUUUUGCUGCGUACUGAUUUUUUUUAUUUUUUUUCCUGGCUGGUAGCCUGGACACUGUAUUCUCGUUAGAAUGUUUGGUAUGUUAGUGGUAUAUGGACUGCCUACGUUGAACUGAUGCUUGCUGUGUCCUAGAGCUGAGGUUCUUACUCUGUCUCAAGGUCCCGGGUAUCAGUGCACUGUUGCAGACAUUUUGUCUAGGUUAUGCUGCUGACUGCUUUCCAGAAGCUUUACACCAACACAUUACUGUUCCCCGUGUGCUCGUUGCUUUGAUCUGGUAGUCUUUAGUUUGCAUAUUCAAGUUGCUGUUGUCUGAUUUGAGGUGCUAGAUUCUUGUUUCUGCCCUUGGCGUCCAGCUGUUGAACUCAACAGAAAUGCACAAACAGUAUUUUUCUGUCUAUCUUGAUGUCUGUCUUUAUCUUUUCCCCUUAAUAGGCUAUUGAGGAGGAAGGGGGGAAUCCUGAUGAAAUUCCAGUGGUUUCAGAAAAUAUCAUGAAGAAAACUCCAAAAAGAAGCAGCAAAGGACGUAGACCAGAUGAAGAGGGAGUAGAAGAUAAUGGCCUAGAAGAGGAUUCGGGAGAUGGACAGGAGGAUAUUGAAGCAAGUUUGGAUAACUUGCAGGAUAUUGACAUGAUGGAUAUUAGUGUGUUAGAUGAAGCUGAAAUAGAUAAUGGCAAUGCGGUAGAUUGCGGAGAGGAUUACAGUGCUGAUAAUAUUCUUGACUCACUGUCUGAUAGUAAAGAAAAUACAGAUGCAGAAGUGAAAGAACUUCCAGAUCAGCCUACAGAAUAUGCUGUAGGUAACUUGGAGGCAUCCCCACAAUUUUCAGAAAUUAAAGAAGAAUCAAGAGAAAUACCAGUAGCGAUGGUAGAGGUUGAAGAUGUUGGAGACAGUUUAGAUGCUGCUUCAUCUGAUUUAACUGUAAUAAAGGAACUUGAAGAGUUACCUUCGGAGCCAGAAAAUGAGAAAAUACUCGACAUUUUGGGGGAAACUUGUAAAUCUGAACUACUUAACGAAGAAACUUCUGAAGCGGAGCGGCCACAUGCACAGGAAGCAAGUAACGUGGUGCCAGGCAAGAGGCUAGCGGAGGAAGAGGACGCUCUUGCUGCCGCUCAGUUGGAGGAAGAUGCUUUAGAUUUGGACAGCAAAUCGGCACAAGCUAUGGCAAGGAAGGAAGCAAAGCGUUUAGUUGUAGCAAAAGGGGAGACAAGUGAACAGACAAUAGAGGAAGAGAAACCGGACUCUGAAUCUUUAGUAGUAGAGACCCUAAGCGAUCAGAGUAGCAAACGCUCCCAAGGCCUGGAAGCCUCUAGUGGGGAAACAGCGGAAAAAGGCGCAGGUCCCGAAGCCAAAGAAGAUGCCAAGAAAACAGAAGACAAAGCUAAUUCUGAGGAAUCCCCUGCUACUAAAGAGUCCUCAACCAGUGAGGGCGGUGAUCAGAAAAAGAGCCCUGUUGAGGAGGACAGAGAUACAAAGAUAAUCUCAAAGGAUGAGAAAGGCCGUGCUGGUAGUGGUUCUGGCAGAAAUUUGUGGGUUAGUGGACUUUCAUCCUCUACUAGAGCUACAGACUUGAAGAAUCUUUUCAGCAAGUAUGGGAAGGUGGUCGGUGCAAAAGUAGUGACAAAUGCUCGCAGUCCUGGUGCUCGCUGUUAUGGCUUUGUUACAAUGUCAACAUCUGAAGAAGCCACUAAGUGUAUUAAUCAUCUCCACAGAACAGAGCUGCACGGAAAAAUGAUUUCUGUGGAGAAGGCAAAAAAUGAACCAGCUGGGAAAAAGCCUUCAGACAAAAAGGAGGGUGAAACAAGGAAGGAAAAAGACAGGCACCAUUCUGCAGAGUCCAAAUCUGAGAAGUCUGUUGGUAUUAAGAAGGAGGAGAAGACCGACAGAAGAGAAGAUGCUAAGAAAUCAGAAAAAGAUGGAAAAGAUGAAAAAGAAGGAAAAGAGAAAGAUGAACAAAAGGCCGGAUCCUGUGAUCGAUCUAGGGCAAGCAAAUCAGCAAGUCGAGGAGCUGAAAGGACAGUGGUAAUGGACAAAUCUAAAGGAGAACCAGUUAUUAGUGUGAAAACUUCUACAUCAAAAGAGAGGAGUACAAAAAGCCAGGAUCGCAAAUCUGAGAGCAAAGAAAAGCAAGAUAUUUUAUCAUUUGAUAAAAUCAAAGAACAGCGAGAACGUGAACGUCAGAGACAGAGGGAGCGAGAAAUCAGGGAAACAGAAAGACGCAGAGAGAGAGAGAGGCGAGAACGAGAACAACGACUUCAAGCUAUUCAUGAGCGGGAUGAAAGGCAGAGGCUUCAGAGAGAACGAGAAAGACUUGAAUUUCAAAGGCAGCGGCUUGAUAGAGAGCGCUUGGAGAGAGAGAGAUUAGAGAGAGAAAGAAUGCACAUAGAGCAGGAAAGGAGACGAGAACAGGAACGGAUCCAGCGAGAGAGGGAAGAGCUGCGACGUCAGCAGGAACAGCUACGCUACGAACAAGAGCGGCGAUCUGCCAUGAGAAGGCCUUACGAUCCUGAUGGCAGGCGAGAUGACCCAUACUGGCCAGAGGCAAAGCGAAUGGCAAUGGAUGAUAGGUAUCAUUCUGAAUUUAGCCGUCAAGACCGAUUCCACGACUUUGACCACAGGGAUCGUGGCCGAUACCAAGAUCAUUGUAUGGACAGGUUGGCAAGGCAGUGCCUUUUCUUCCUGUAUCUUUAUGGGAAUGAGGUGUCUUUUUGUGGCGAAACAAAUGGCCCUUGUGCAUUUCUUGUGUCUAAUUUUAUAUGUGCUGGCAAUCAUGUGUUUCCAUCAUUUAUGAACAUAUCAGAAAGAGGUCAAGUCCUAAUGUAGUCCACUGUGAUGCCAAGGGAGAUCCUACAGCUUCUCUCAGGAUGUAUGGAAAUCUGGUCUAUGACUCCCUGUUGCUUAGUCUAAGAUUUAGCCAUUUCCUUUUGCUUCAGAACUUUCCCUGCUUUCAUCUUUGCAGCCUAGCUAACUCAGAUUAUUAGUUCCACAGAAUGCAAGAAAUAAUUUGUGUAGUGCUAUUGAGACUUCUGUUUUGCUCUCAAAGGAUCUUUGGCAAAACCCACGCUGCUUUGCUUUUGCUGGUAACUCAUUUCUGAUACUGGUAGGUUCACUCAAGUAUUCUUCCUUGGUACCAUUGAGUACCUGACCAUGCCACAGUGAUGCCUUGCUUACCCAUAUUAUAGUCAUGGAUGUUACUUUGAUCUCUUUCUAUGCUACAAAACAACUUAUUUGAGUGUUGUGCCACUAAACAAAUAUUGGCCUUCAAAUUUACAGCCUAAUGAAGAUAAAUUUUCACGUGCUAUUUCAUACAGACAUCUGAAUUACGAUUACUGUGCUGAUUCAGCUGAAACUUCUCUUUUUUU